AACUUCGCCCGCCCCCGGCCCCGCCGCUCCGCCACCGCCGCCCCCGGGGAGGCGCGGGCCGAGGCGGGGCGGGCGCCGCCGGCCGCCCUCCUCCGGCAGCCGGCGCCCCCGCGGCGGCCCCCGGCGAAACUUCGUCCGGAGAGGAGGAGCGGAGCCGGGACAGGACCUGGGCCGAGGGCGGCUUUGCCUUCUUCUCUUCUUCCUCCUCCAGCAGGCAGGGGGCGAGCCGCCGUCAGGGGCUGCUGCUCCUCUUCCUCCUCCGUCUGGCGCCCCGCUCGCCUCCUUUCCGCCCCCCCGGGCGGCGAAACAACUUCUCCUCCUCCUCCUGCCGCCUGCCCGCGGGAGGAGACCGCCGGGAGCAGGAGCCGCGGGGAGCGCCGCCGCUUCCCGGCACCCCGCACCCCCGCGGGGCAGGCGGGAUAACUUCACUCCGGCGCUCGCCGCAGCCACACGGCUGGGAGGGGGUGCGGGGAGACGGGCUCAGCUCCAGGCGCCUCCUUUCAUCGGCGGGCGCACGCAGCCAUAUUGGCUACACAAAGCUGCCGCCUGCGCCGAGACGGGGCUGCGGCACCGCAUCGCCCGCCCCGCGCCGCCCGC